GAAAUUCUCUCUCCAAGUCUCCACUAUGCUUCAUUUCUUUGCUACAUAAAAAGAGACUCUUCCUUUCUCCUUCUCCAAAUCCCAUCAAUUUUUCUUUUCCCAAAGUUCAGUUUUUCUUGUUCAAGUCCUAAGCUUUUUUCUAACCCUACAUUAUUAUUAUUAUUAUUGUUAUUUUAAAUCUUUAGUGAAUGGGAAGGCAAAUUGUGAGAAAAGGAUCAAGAAGGGUAUUUUCUCUAGAACCAAACAAAGUUGCAUACACCAUGUUUGCAAGAAACUAUGUCAAACAUUUGAUGACAUCUUUAGUCAAAAUUUCUCAUCAUCAUCAUCAACAUCAUCAACAACAAGAACAAAAUUUUCAGAAAUUUGUGAAGUUUGAAGUUGACAUGGCAAUGGCUCAAUCAGCAAGUGAUCAAUUUGCAUGGGGAAUUGCUCUAAAAAAGAAGCUUCUUCAAAGAGAUCAAGUUGGCAAUGAAAAUGAUUUUGAUUUUUCUCUCCAAACUGUCAAAUUUUCUCAAGAAAAUUUAGGAAAGGAGGAGGAGGAGGAAGCAGAAGAAGAGAAGAAAAUGGAACAUGGGUUGAUGAAGCUGAGGAAAAUUAUACCAGGUGGUGCUGAUUUUAAUAUUGAAGAUGAUGAUUUGUUGAAACAAACUGAAAGUUAUGUAAAAUGUCUUGAGUUGCAAGUGAAUGUUCUUAGAGGUUUGGUUGAAACAAACACAUUUUAAUUUUAUUUUAUUUUAUUUUUAACAUUUCUAUGUGGAAAAGAAAGAUUUAUUUAGCAAUCUAUAUGAAUUUUCAGCUAUCAAAAUUUUAAUGUGUUAUAUCUAGUUUCUUUUGCUCUUUUU